AUGGCGCGCCGCAACCCCCUUUUGUUUGCGAUAGUGGUGACGAUCCUGUUCGUGGUGUGCUACGGUUCCGCUCUCAUCGCCCAGACACCCCCCCCCGUCGACAACUUCGUUGCCUCAGCGCAUUACGGAAGUUUCAAGAAGCGCCAUGGCAAGGCCUUCGGCGGGGACGCCGAGGAGGGUCACCGCUUCAAUGCCUUCAAGCAGAACAUGCAGACAGCCUACUUCCUCAACACGCAGAACCCCCACGCGCACUACGACGUGUCUGGCAAGUUCGCGGACCUCACCCCGCAGGAGUUCGCCAAGCUGUACCUGAAUCCCGACUACUACGCGCGCCACCUCAAGGAUCACAAGGAGGACGUGCACGUCGACGACAGCGCCCCCAGUGGUGUGAUGUCGGUGGACUGGCGUGAUAAGGGUGCCGUGACGCCGGUGAAGAACCAGGGAUUAUGCGGCUCGUGCUGGGCCUUCUCCGCCAUUGGCAACAUCGAAGGUCAGUGGGCUGCAAGCGGCCACUCGUUGGUUUCACUGUCAGAGCAGAUGCUCGUGUCGUGCGACAACAUCGAUGAAGGGUGCAACGGCGGGCUGAUGGACCAAGCAAUGAACUGGAUCAUGCAGAGUCACAACGGCAGUGUGUUCACGGAGGCCAGCUAUCCCUACACCUCUGGCGGCGGCACCAGACCGCCGUGCCAUGACGAAGGUGAAGUUGGCGCUAAAAUCACCGGUUUCCUCUCCCUGCCGCACGACGAGGAGCGGAUCGCGGAGUGGGUGGAGAAGAGAGGCCCCGUCGCCGUCGCCGUCGACGCGACAACCUGGCAGCUGUACUUUGGCGGUGUGGUCUCCCUCUGCCUCGCGUGGUCGCUCAACCACGGUGUGCUCAUUGUCGGCUUCAACAAAAACGCGAAACCGCCGUACUGGAUCGUGAAGAACUCGUGGGGCUCCUCGUGGGGUGAGAAGGGGUACAUCCGCCUUGCCAUGGGCAGCAACCAGUGCAUGCUCAAGAAUUACCCCGUGUCGGCCACGGUUGAAAGCCCCCACACCCCGCACGUGCCGACGACAACGGCCUAG